CCCAUCCAAAAGGACAUGGUCCAAUUCCACGGCCAUUCGCCAUGGAGGACGAAAGAGCCAACCCAGGCAAAGUGAGGAAGAAGAGUGCCCCGACCCAUCGCAAGUCUCUGUCCUGUGAAUAUUGCAGCAGAUCGUUUGCGCGCCUGGAACAUCUUCAGCGCCAUCUCCGCACCCACACCAAGGAGAAACCUUUCUCAUGUGAUAUCUGUUCCAAAUCAUUUGCUCGAAGUGACCUGCUCGUACGACACGAGCGGCUAGUCCACCCUACCGAAACCGCCGCCAGUCGAGACCAUCGCACGCAAAACAACAGCCAGGAUGUGCCCCAGACGCCAUCAUCUAUAAUCCAGCCUGCUCACCAUGAGUCCCGUAUGCUAGAGCUUGCCGACGCUGUCCCACUGCAUACGCAACCUGUUCCGCAGCCUCCGCCAGAGGUCCAAGUACAACCUCCCCCGAUAGUGGAAACAACUCACUUCAAUCCAUCGUGGGGGUACGACCUGAAUCUGCUCUCGCAUGCAGCAAGUCAUGUUGCCCUUGAGGGUGAACAGGAGAGUCUCGAGUCGAUACGGAAGUCUUCACAAAACGUUGCGCCUCCUCAGCCGCUCGCCCACAUCCCAGAAAGAGCGAUAACUGAUAAUUAUGGCGUGGAACCGUCAAUCUUAGACCUUGCUGAUCUUGGUGACCCGGUUCAGGACUUUACUGUCUUCUUGGAGAGUGUCGGGCUCUCUUCAGACUGGGACUCCGGGGUGUUUUCCACUGUCGAAGAACCCAUGUUGCCGACCACACUUCCAAUGGAGUCUAAGCCCUCUGUUCGCGAAAUGGGAAGGCUCGGCCCCGAACUUCUGAGCGAUCCACGAACUGCAGCGGAAGAAGCACCUUCGUUCUCGAAUUUCGGAUCACGGCUACCAUCCCUGCAACCAGAACCGCAUGAAGUAGAUGAUCGCCUUGGCUUCGCGGAUGAGGGACCCCGUGCCGCGUGGGAUAUAACUAAUGCGGACCGCCAAGUCUUUGUCGCUAAACUUGAGGAAUUUGCUUAUAUACUGCCCAAGAACUUUGUGCCACCCUCGAGACACGCUUUGUCUCGUUUCUUCGCUGGCUAUAUAAAUGGAUUGAAUGAACAUCUCCCCUUUAUCCAUGUUCCCACCCUUUCUGUCGCAAAAUGCUCUCCAGAGCUCACUCUUGCAUUGGCAGCAGCUGGAUCCCAUUACCGCUUUGAAAACAACCGAGGGAUCGAGCUCUUCCAUGCCGCAAAAGCCAUUUUGCUCCAGCGUCUCCACAGAAGAGACAGCAAGCAAGUUGCCUGUCCGACAUGGAACUUUUUAUCACCGGGAUCGGGCUUUCAUAAUUCUCGUGGCUCUUCCACCACCUCUAAUCAUGCUAGUAGCCCGUUCCACCACCAUCAACAGCAGACUCACCAUCACCACCACACCCCGUAUCCAACAGACGCAUCGGGUUACUCUGCGGAGGAUUCGGAUGCCCACAUGGAAGUCAUUCGAACCUUCCUACUGCUCACGGUAUUUGCUUCCUGGGAAAGGCACCCUGAAUUAUUAAGGGAGAUCCUCUCGCUCCAGAGCACUUUGGCAAGGCUCGUGAGAGAACAUGGUCUGUCAGAGCCGCCUCCUAGCUCCGAUCCCAACAACUGGGAAGAGUGGAUUCGGAGAGAGGGCAACAGACGCACGAAAUUUAUCGUGUAUUGUUUUUUCAACCUACAUUCUAUCAUGUACAAUAUCCCCCCGCUGAUCCUGAACGCAGAGUUGAAGCUGAACAUGCCGUGCUCGCACGAUGUUUGGAAAGCAACCAAUGCGGCCCAGUGGCGGCGGGUGGCUCGCAUGCGACAUGGAUCUGAGGUCCCCUUCCAAGAGGCGUUUGCUAAAUUGUUCCUCAAGUCGAAUAUGUCAGGCUCCACGGCACCCAUAUCUCCCCUCGGAAACUACAUCCUCAUCCACGCUCUCAUCCAGCAGAUAUUCUUUGCACGCCAGCUGUGUCUCUCUGCACCGACCAUGCAGGGUACCAGCCUGAGGGGGGAGGAUCUGUCUGUUCUGGAUAAUUCUUUGAGCGCGUGGAAAGCGCUAUGGAAACGCACUCCCGAGUCCAGUAUCGACCCACAGAACCCGGCAGGUCCUAUCGCAUUCACGUCCACUGCUCUUCUUGGCCUCGCCUAUAUCCGGUUGCACGUGGAUUUGGGGCCUUGCCGUCGCCUCAUGACGCAGGAUCCAGGUCAGAUCGCGCGAGCCCUAGGUGAAUCACCGCUUAUCGCUCGGAGUCCUCGCCUGAUUAUGGCCUUGCUGCAUUCUGCUCAUGCUCUCUCGAUUCCGGUGCGCCUGGGCAUCGACUUCGUCGCGAGAACGCAUUCUUUCUUUUGGAGCAUUCAGCAUUCCCUCUGUAGUUUGGAAUGUGCCUUUCUUCUCAGCCGCUGGUUGCUCUCUAUACCAGUAACCCACGCCGAGCAGAGGCUCUCAGACCAUGAACGGAAGUUACUUCUUUGGAUUAAGAGCAUGAUGGAUGAAACCGACAUGGCUGUCGAUCCACCGGGAGCACCGGACAUGGACUUUAUCGCCAAUCCAUAUAAAGCAAAGCAGCUGAGUGUCGCUAUUGUUCGUGUAUGGGCUCGAACAUUCAAGGGAAACACUAGUUGGGCCAUAGUAGAUCUGGUCGGUUCAAGCCUAGAUGCUUAUGCUGACCUGCUUGAGACCACACCAUGAUCGCUCCGAGGCUUGGCAAUUCCUGGGUUAUACGCUGGCUUCCCUUGGGAUGAAAAGUUGUUCAUCACCGAGGGACUCCUAGCAAUAUUGAGAGCUGCUGGAAAUCACAUCCUUAAUAUUCAUGGUCACCCACGUGGUUAAAUUCCUGGGGAGAAGAAGAUAUACCAUCUUGCUGUAUACCCAUGCUUC